AUGCCAGCCGGCAUCCUGCAAGCGCUGUCGAGCCGGGGGACGCUGGUGCUGGAGGCGGCGCUGAGGAGCGCGCUGCUGGCGCUGGAGCGGGCCCAGGCGGAGCAGCAGCGGCAGCGGGGGGCCUGCGGGCUCUGCGCCCCCUGCCUCUUCCCCCCCUGCGCCAACGUCACCCGCCGCUGCCCACGUGACUGCCAGGCCCUGCUGGACGCCCAGGCGCUGCCCGAGCUGCCCCAGCGCAACUGGGCGCUGAGCCAGGCGUGUGCCCCCUACCACCUCCUGUGCCCCCCCCGGGGGGCUCAGCCCCACUGCGCCCUGCUCAGCGCCCAGCGCUGCCACCGCCGCCUCCAGGAGUGCCGGCUGGCAGCCGCCACCCCAAGUGAUGCACCAGCAGAGGCGGUGAUGCCAGGGAGCUGCGGGAACCGUGCGGGCCCCCCCAUCAAUGCCACGGCCCCCCGAGGACGGAUCAUGGGGGGCAGCGUGGCCCCCCCGGGGGCCUGGCCCUGGCUGGUGUCAGUGCGGCUGCACGGGGAGCUGAUGUGCGGAGGGGUGCUGGUGGGGCACGCCUGGGUCCUCACUGCUGCCCACUGCUUCGCUGGGACCCAGAACGAGCUGGCAUGGACGGUGGUGGUGGGCGACCACGAGCUGGGCAAGCAGGACCCGGGUGAGCGUGCAGUGCCCGUCAGGCGCAUCGUGCCUCACCCCAAGUUCAACCCCAAGACAUUCCAUGGGGACCUGGCGCUGCUGGAGCUGGCGGUGCCGCUGGCCCCGUCAGCCACCGUCAGCCCCGUGUGCCUGCCCAGUGGCCCCGCGGAGCCCAGCCCCGGCACCCCCUGCUACAUCGCGGGCUGGGGGUCCCUCUAUGAAGAGGGGCCAUCGGCCGAGGUGGUGAUGGAGGCACAGGUGCCCCUGCUCAGCCAGGAGACGUGCCGGGGUGCCCUGGGCAGGGAGCUGCUCACCAGCACCAUGUUCUGUGCCGGGUACCUGUCCGGGGGCAUCGACUCCUGCCAGGGCGACUCGGGGGGCCCGCUGGCAUGCCAGGACCCCUCCUCACGCCGCUUUGUCCUCUACGGCAUCACCUCGUGGGGUGACGGGUGCGGUGAGAGGGGCAAACCUGGCGUCUACACCCGUGUCGCUGCCUUCACGGACUGGCUCAGCCUCCAGAUGGACUCCGCCCCUGGCAGCCGGGAACCGAGCUGCUUUGAGCUGCUGGCCCUGUCGCAGCUGCCCCCCGAGCGGCAGCCCCCCGAGCGCACCCGCCUCUGCUCCUUCUACGCGGGGUCCUGCCGGGCACCCCUGGGCCAGGCCGCCUGCGCCCGCCUUGCUGAGGAGACCUGCCGUGCCCGGGCGAGGCGAUGCGAGCUGCACUCCUACGCCCAGACGCUGGUGGGUCUCCUGCGCCAGGCCGGGGACUUCAUCCGGAACCAGGUCGACUUCUCCUUCCUCACCCGCGCCCUGCCCCAGCUCCUGGGCAAGAUCUAUGGGCACUUCUUCCCCACCCGUGUCCGCAGGGAUGCUCCAGGGGCUGCAGCCUGCCCUGGCCUCAACGCCUCGGCGCUGCGGGUGGGCGCGCUGCAGGAGCUGUACGCAUGGGUGCUGCGGGUGCCGGAGCCGGACCUGGCCAUGACCUUCCAGGAGAUCCUGGUGGACCUGGGCUCCAAAAACACCAAGGGGCUGUACCGGGCGCAGGUGCGGGCCACGGUGGGUGGCCGCCCCACGGCUUUCGCCGGCCUUGUGGGGCUCCAGAGUGACUCGCUGGCCCGCAGCAUGCCUGGCCUCGUCGCUUUGGCCCUUGAGGCUUUGAAAACCUAG